AACAAGAUAAAAGAUAAGACUAUACUUUUGAUAAGACUAUACUUUUGCUUUCCAAGUCUCUCCACUCAAACUUGGAGUACCUUCUUGCCACUUUCUUCAGCUUCAGCAUCCAUAGCCGUCCAAGAGGAACGUUUUCUAUUAAAGUUCACAUUCUGAUUGUUCUUUGGCACCCAAAUUCCCACAACAGUGAUAAUCCUGAGUAAAAGAAACAAUUUUGGCACCAAGAGGAAAAUGGGUUUGGAUUUCAUGGUUUUCAUGUUGUUUGUCUUAUGGUUUUGUUCGGUUCCUAUGUGUGUCUUGGGGGAGAAACAAUCUUUCCCACCACUGCAACAGAACCAGAAGCUUCAGUUUGGAGAAAAUGGAGAAUUCAAGAUAUUGCAGGUUGCAGACAUGCACUAUGCAGAUGGCAAGACCACACUUUGCUUGGAUGUGCUCACUUCCCAGAAUGCUACUUGUUCUGACCUUAACACCACUGCUUUCAUUCACAGGAUGAUUCUUGCUGAGAAGCCCGAUCUUAUUGUCUUCACUGGGGAUAAUAUCUUUGGGUUUGAUUCCUCGAAUUCGGCUAAAUCAAUGGAUGCUGCAUUUGCUCCUGCAAUUGCAUCAAACAUUCCUUGGGUAGCUGUUCUAGGCAACCAUGACCAGGAAGGAUCCCUCUCUAGGGAAGGUGUGAUGAAACAUAUUGUUGGGAUGAAAAACACUUUAGCUAAACUCAAUCCUGCAGAAGCACACGUCAUUGAUGGUUUUGGGAACUAUAACUUGGAGGUUGGAGGAGUUAAAGGCACUGAUUUUGAAAAUAAAUCGGUGCUCAAUCUGUACUUUCUAGAUAGUGGAGAUUAUUCCAAAGUUCCUUCAAUUCCUGGUUAUGAUUGGAUCAAGCCAUCCCAGCAACUUUGGUUCGAGAGAACUUCUGCAAAGCUUCAGAAAGCAUACAUAAAUGGACCAGUUCAUCAGAAAAAACCUGCACCUGGUCUUGCAUACUUCCACAUCCCACUACCGGAAUAUGCUAGUUUUGACUCAUCAAACUUCACAGGUCAGAAACUGGAACCAGAUGGCGAUGGAAUUAGCUCUGCUUCUGUGAACUCUGGCUUCUUCACAACCUUGGUUGCAGCAGGAGAUGUGAAGGCAGUUUUCACUGGCCAUGAUCACCUCAAUGACUUCUGCGGGAAGCUAAUGGGUAUACAACUUUGUUAUGCCGGGGGGUUCGGAUACCAUGCUUAUGGAAAAGCUGGAUGGCCUAGGAGAGCUAGAGUGGUGGUGGCUAGCUUGGAGAAGACAGACAAAGGCACCUGGGGAGAUGUCAACUCAAUAAAAUCGUGGAAACGCCUCGAUGAUCAACAUCUUACUGGAAUUGAUGGUGAAGUCCUAUGGAGCAAGAGCUUUGGAGCAAACCCUGGCAAAUAACGAAGUAACCUUCGCACUUGACAAAUUGAAAGUACUGCAAACACUGGUAUCCCCAUGAAGGUUAUUUAUUUUGGAACUUGAAAUGAGUUGGUUUACAGUAAAUUUUUAUUCAUGGUAUCAGAUAUUCUUUGAUACACAUAUUAUGUAAUUUGAUACUGCAAUAGAAGGUAGCUUGUAAAAGAGUAAAAAGAAGGAAAUGAAAGUUCAUUAACAGUUGAAGUCAAAGUGAUGGCAUGCUGUGCAAUUGCCAUUAUUCAAACAAGUACAUGCUUUUGAGUUGGGAAUGAAUUAGGUGGUAAUUGUUUAUAUUUGAGACCCAAAUAUUGUCAGAAGUUAUUUAAAUGACUAAUAUGGUCAUACUUUGGGAUAAUUUUUUUUUUUCAAGGAACUAAUGUGGUGAUACUAUUAAGAGUACUCAUAUAUUUUCCCCUGAAUUUUCUUCGUAAAAUUAUGAGUUGGACAUCAUGGACAAAGAGGAGAACACCGAGCAAAAUGAAAAUUUAACAGGUUAUAUAACAAGGCAUCUAGUAUCCCCUGCGCUAGUUACCAUCAGAUAAUUAUAGCAUUCCUAUCAUCCAUGCAAAAAUGUGAUUUCUCCCUGGAUUUACAUUUUCCAAACCAUCUAAACUUAAAUAGGUAUUUGUACAUUGAACAAUCCAUCUGUGCAUGACAUAGAAGAAGCCAGUUUACAACUUUUCAUCAACAUAAACACUCCUCCCUAAAAACAUCAAACCCUUACAACAUAGUAAAACAGGUUCAACAUUGUUUCUCCAAGGCUUGCAAUCUUAGAGUUGUUCCAACCCUUCUCACUUGGGAGUGAAAGC